ACAGAGUUUGCGCAGAUCAGUCGAUGUAUCUGCUACCCAAUCCAAUUUGAUGUUGAAAAGUAUAUCGAGCGCACAUACUCUGUUCAAAAAAAUAUUAUUUUAUAGUGAAAUUGUGUUUUAACGGGCAAAAAAUUAGCUUAAUUAAGUUCGUAGACUGUGUAUAGUGCUUUAAUAAAUAGAGCAGGUUUAUUUGUUUUAUAUAUAAGGGCAUUACUUAGUAAUGCGGGACCUCGCGAAUAAGAUGGCAGAGCUCAAGUUUGAGGCCCCACUUGCUCAAUGCGAGGAAACUGAUGAGUGGGGUCCAGUGGAGUAUCAUACAUCUAAUUCUAACAUCACAAAGAAAUCUGCCAUCAGUAAUGCUGUUAACUUGAAUAAUAUUCAAGAUUCUGUGAUGACGAAGGCAGAAAUAAACAAGAGUGAAGUGAAUGAAGUGAACUAUAACACAUUGAAAUGUGCCGUCAAAAGUUCUAAUGGGAAUAACAUCACUCUGACAAAUGUGGAUAUGAACAACAAAAUCAAUAUUAUGAAGGAUAACAUCGACAAUUUCGCGGAAGGGUUUACUGGUAGCCUGGAAGAUCUAGUCAACACAUUUGAUGAAAAAAUUACAAAAUGCUUCGGAAACUACGAACAAUCUGUAGAAGAAUUGGCUCCAGUGCAAGUUCGAUCGCAGGAUGAAAUUAUGAGCGAAUGCCAGAUGUGGUGGACUAUUACCGGUAAUUUUGGAAACAUAUUGCCAAUCGAUUGGUCUAAAACAUAUGCAAGACAAAUGCAUGUGCCUACACUGAAGCUGACGUCGUCGUCUGACAGAACCAACUAUAAUGACAUACAAGACCUUAGCUCCGAAGACGAGGCCGUUGCGAACGAUUUGGAUAUGCAUGCUCUAAUACUUGGAGGCCUUCAUACAGACAAUGAUCCUAUCAAGACAGCGGAAGAAGUCAUUAAAGAAAUUGACGAUAUUAUGGACGAAAGCGCCUCCGAAGAUGGCAUAAUUGGUAAUGAAAUAAUGGAAAAAGCGAAAGAAGUUCUUGGAUCCCCUUUGUACGAAGAAAAGCUGCGCUCUCUAAGUAUCACUCAAUUGAAUGAACUUUACAUGGAAAUGGAAGUUUUGAUUAGAGAAUUCUCAGAAACUCUCAUAUCGGAGUUAGCAUUACGCGAUGAACUGGAGUACGAAAAAGAGUUGAAAAAUACAUUCAUUUCUUUAUUACUAGCAGUUCAAAACCGUCGUCGUCAGUUUCAUGUCGAAAGAAAGAAAGGAAAAUCACAAAACAAACCAGUCGCAGCGGCCAGCAAUGGAACUGAACCGAAGUAUCUAACUACGGUUAUACCGUAUAACCUGGACACUGCACCAGACAACCAAACUUUACAAAUACUGAUUAAAAUACUAAAAGCCAUAAAUGAAGAUAGUCCGACCGUCCCGACUCUUCUUACUGACUAUAUCUUGAAGGUAUUAUGUCCAACAUAAAUAGGAAUUAUUCCUAUAACAGAUUCAGAAUACUCCUACUCGCGCGUAUAUAUAAACUUUAAGCUGCUAACUAGAACGCACGUUUACAUGCUUUGUUCUUGAUGUCAUAUGGAGACUCAUUGAAAUAUUACGACAAAAAGUGUAAUAAGAAUAAUAUGCACCUAAAAUAAUUAUUUUAAAUUUCGUAACGGUGGUUCAAAGCUUAGUGGAAAUGAAUAAAAUAAAAACAUUAACCUAA